AAAAUGGCGGACGUGCCACAAAGUGUUUUAAAAUUUAUUUUGUAGUUUCGGUGGAUUUCUUUUCUUAGAAAUACGAUUAAUGUCUUAAAAUUCAAAAUGGGUGAAAAGAAGAAGUUAAAAGCAAGCUCUACCAGCAAAGAGAUCAAGACGAAUGACUACAAAAACGGCACACGUGCACAUGAUGAAGGGAAUUCACAAAGGAAGCGAAAACAACUCGAAGAAAACUGUUUACAAGAUGACAAAUCAAAGAAAAAACUAAAAAAAAUUCACAAAAAAGAAGAAGGUUUAUUAUCGGGUGCCAGUGAAACAGGUAAAGAGAGAAAGAAAGAGAAGAAGACGAAAAAUAUGUCAAGCGAAUUAAAAACGAAAAAUUCGAUAAAAACAAAUGAGUUGGAGGCCACAGACGUUGUUGAAAAAGAAAAAGAACAAGGWCAACCAAACAAAACAAUUCUGUCAGCAGAAACAAAACUUAGUAAUUCAGAAUCUAUUAAUGACAAAGAAAAGAAAAAACGAAAGAAAAGAGAAGCAAAGAAAGUGGUUGAGAAAGAAUCAAUCACAUUUUUAACUGAAAAUGGAGAAAUCAAGAAAGACAAAGAGGGUGAUGAAAACAAUGAUGAUCAAGACUGUGCAGCAGAGCAAGCUCUGCUCUAUCUCAAGACAUGGAAAAAGAACCGUUCUGAGUGGACKUUUAAAAAGGUUCGGCAAGUUUGGCUGCUGAAGAAUAUGUUCAACCAAACUAAGGUCCCAGAUAAAAAGUUCAAGGUUUUACUUCAGUAUUUAGAAGGUCUAAAGGGAUCAUCAAGAGAGACAACAAUUGCAAAAGCAGAGACAGUCAUCAAUAACGAGACAGGAACAGACGACCAGAGUGAUGUAAGACUUGAAAGAGCAAGAAGAUUACUGCAAAUUCUAUCUUAAUUCCUUCUUUCUUCAUCCUGAAUUCUUUUAAAMRACGAAAAACUCGUCGUGGACGAAAUUCAARUAAAAUCCCRACGAAUUGAAGGAYGSAAUUCCGUCACUKRCAAAGUACURAUCGCGUUAGCUGACAAUUUGGCUGCAUAAGCUGGACGAACAAAUUUUUACUGAAAACACACGGGUUUCAUAUCAGUGAACUCGCCAUCUGUCGAUGAGUUGUUCGAUAGUAGGCAACGGGUUGUUUUCCCGUUAUAAAUGCUUUUUAUAGAAUAUGAUGGAGAGAAAUUUCCUCCUAAAGCCUACAAAACUAUGCAUUAUUCCUCAUUUCAACAUGUGGGUUACAACUGCCGUGGGGUUAUCGAGAAAUAACGUGUUUGAAAUCCCUGCUAACAGCAGUAGUGAUGUUGUAAGGAUGACCACUAUAUAUGGUUUUUAUCAGUCAAUCAAUCUUUAUUGCACUAUUCAGUUAGUUAUUUUUUACAAUUUAUGGUAUAUCUAUAUUGUUUUCUUCCCUUUUCCAUUAAAAUAAUGGUCAUAAUUUAGAAAUGUGCAUGAGGGCCAAGUAGCAAAGCUUAGUUGAGGUAAAAUUCGUGCAGUCUAAUUCGAUCUAUACCUGGUCUUUACGUGAUAUGAAAGAAAUCGAAAUGUUCAUUUAAUGACGUAAUUACUUUGGCACUCUUUGGCUCAGCAAAGYACCUUGGAAGAUUAUUAUUCACUAUUACCUUGUGUUGUUGGUGUUAUGUGUUUCGCGUGGACGGGUCACGGUGUUACGAUGAUGUUUUUKAAAAUAGUACCUUGCAUUGCUACUAACGUAAACGAGCUCAUUUAACGGACUUCRCCACGCAAAACGAGCGGACGUUGACCUAAACAUACGUAGGGUUCACAAUUUCCUUUUUUAGACCAAAAAAACCCAUGUCUUUACCGAGAAGUGGGCGUUUUGUUGCGUAUUUUGAGGGCGCGAGCCAUAAUUAGUGGUCUAAAUACGAGACAAAUAMCWAGAAAUAUGAUAGGWAUUUUCCAGAGGUUUCUACUGACCACGUUACGUUCAGAUACGUUGUUUAUAGAACCUCAYCUUACGAAAACUCUAUUAUAUACUAUUUACGAUUUUUAACCGAGACUUCUAGAAUAACAAACAUGUUUUUUGCCAGGUUUUUGUGUGUUUUAAUAUAAUCAAACUGUGCAUGUGACAUUUUAAUCUAACAUAAGAAUGAUAGCCAUCUUGAUAUCCUUCUUCAAAAUACUCGACCUCUGGUUUUAUAAUUACUGCGCUGUAAAUAGCUUUAUAAUCCURUUCGUAGCACUGCUUUACUACUACCAUCGUGUAGCUAAUCCGCAAUAUACCAAUAAACCGUGACUGAUAAAUGAGUAGGCAAAAUAUCAMAAUGCGUUAAGAUUAUAAGGGCGUUUAUUAAUUGAUUUGAUUAAAAAGUUGUUGUGUAUUUUGCCUGUCCGUUCGUCUUUCUAGUUUUUGAGGUAUUGUUAAAUUGUGGCCGGGGUUUACUAAUUAUUGUCAUUAAUUCAGAAUUAGGAAAUCCUUCCUAUGCAAACCGCUUUUAACUGAAAUCAGAGAAAAAAUCGACGAUGAACUAAGACAAAACUAAACCACAAAUAAUCGGAUCAGAACUUUUCAUGUCCAAGGCGUUUAGAAAACCUAAAACCGAUCAGGA